GCCGGGAAAGGAGCCGGUUGCUAGGGGAGUGAGCGAGGAAGGGAGGGAUCUGAACACGGAAGUGGUGGCGGCGCCUGGGGAGCAGGCGGAGGCGUUGACCGAGACGAAUGGGAAGGAAGCCGGGCUCCGAGGGUGGGGGGGUUGCAGAAACGACCUACUAGAGGUGCUGGAGUGGCUGGGCUUCCCUUCUCCGAUUCCGCGAGCGUCGGGAGUGAUGGCGAUGGUGAUGGCGGCAGUUACUCGGACAGCACCAGUAAAGCUGCGCUCUGGGAGAUACAUUCAGAAGGUUCCAAGAAGAAACUUCCUGCCAGAAAAACUGGAAAAGCAGUAUUUAUAAUACUGGAAUUUGUGUCUAACUUGUUAAAAUGGCAGAAAAUAGUGAAAGUACUAGUAAAAAUGUAGACGUAAGGCCCAAAACUAGUCGGAGUAGAAGUGCUGACAGAAAGGACGGUUAUGUAUGGAGUGGGAAAAAGCUGUCUUGGUCAAAAAAGAGUGAGAGUUGUCCAGAUGCUGAAACAGUGAAUGCUAUAGAAAAAAUUGAAGUUCCUUUAAGGAGUCAAGAAAGGAAGCACAGCUGUUCAUCCAUUGAACUGGACUUAGAUCAUUCCUGUGGGCAUAGGUUUUUAGGCCGAUCUCUUAAACAGAAACUACAAGAUGCUGUGGGGCAGUGUUUUCCAAUAAAGAAUUGUAGCAGUCGGCACUCUUCAGGGCUUCCAUCUAAAAGAAAAAUUCAUAUCAGUGAACUCAUGUUAGAUAAGUGUCCUUUCCCACCUCGAUCAGAUUUAGCUUUUAGGUGGCAUUUUAUUAAAAGACACACAGCUCCCAUAAAUCCCAAAUCAGAUGAAUGGGUAAACGCAGAUUUGUCUCAGAGUGAAUUGAGGGAUGGUCAGCUAAAACGAAGAAAUGUGGAAGAGGAUAUAAACUGUUUCUCACAUACCAGUGUUCAGCCUUGUGUCAUAACCACCAACGAUGCUUCAUGUAGAACUGGUCCUGUGACUGGCUCUGUGAUGAACCUGAUUUCAAAUAACAGUAUAGAAGAUAGUGAUAUGGAUUCAGAUGAUGAAAUUAUAACCCUUUGCACAAGUUCCAGAAAAAGAAAUAAGCCCAAAUGGGAAAUGGAUGAUGAAAUCCUGCAGCUGGAAACACCUCCUAAAUACCACACUCAGAUCGAUUAUGUACACUGUCUUGUACCAGACCUCCUUCAGAUCAAUAACAACCCAUGUUACUGGGGAGUUAUGGAUAAAUAUGCAGCUGAAGCUCUACUAGAAGGAAAACCAGAGGGUACCUUCCUACUUCGAGACUCCGCACAGGAGGACUAUUUAUUCUCUGUUAGUUUUAGACGCUAUAGUCGUUCUCUUCAUGCUAGAAUUGAACAGUGGAAUCACAACUUUAGCUUUGAUGCACAUGAUCCUUGUGUCUUCCAUUCUCCUGAUAUUACUGGGCUCCUAGAGCAUUAUAAGGACCCUAGUGCCUGUAUGUUCUUUGAACCACUUUUAUCCACUCCUUUAAUUCGAACUUUCCCUUUUUCACUGCAGCAUAUAUGCAGAACAGUUAUUUGUAACUGUACAACUUAUGAUGGCAUUGAUGCUCUUCCAAUUCCUCCUUCUAUGAAAUUAUAUCUGAAGGAAUAUCAUUACAAAUCAAAAGUUAGAGUACUCAGAAUUGAUGCACCAGAACAACAGUGCUAAUAAAGGAAUAGAAAUGUGGAAACAAUUAUAUACAUAUUUUCAUUUAAUAUUUUAUUUUUCUUAUUAUACAACUUUGGAUUUUUCUAUAAAGGCAGUUUGAGUCCAAAACAAACAUAUGCCCUAAAUUUUACAUGCAGAUCAGUUUAUUUUUCUUAUGAUAACACUAAUUGUUUAAGGUUAUACACCAGAGGUUAAUAGAUAUUUUUAAUCAAGUAUUUUGUUUUUGUUUUUACCAUGUAGGUUAUAUACUUAUAUUUUUUCCUUUCUUUUAUUUAUCAUCCAGGUACAUUUUAAUUGGGUAGGCAUUGCACAUGUAUUUGAAUAUUCUGUAUUUCAUGCUUUUCUUUCAAAAUACUCUUAUACCCUUUUCUACAUGUAAAAUAUUUUAAUCUAUGCUGUCAGUAUUCCUAUACAUAAAAUACAGUUUCCCUAAGCCCCCCCCUUUGUAUUGAGUUGAUUUUAAAUUCUUCAGUAAAGUUGAGUGUUAUAAUUCAUCAUCCAUACUUAUGUAAUUGACUUUUGUGAAUUAUUGAUAGUGUUGUUAAAGAUAACAAAUGAUUUAAAGUUAAACAUGAUGUGUUUUCAUUUUAAAUAUUAACUAUUUUAGCAGGAUUACUGAAUUUGGUUAAUCUUAUCCAUGAGAAUCAGAUGAGAAUAUUCUGGGCACAUUUAUUCUACAGUGUGACAUGGUCAUUUGUUAUUUCUCAAUAAGCCUUUCUCUCAACCUGGAGGAGUUAAUCUUCAAAACAUGCAUUUUUGUUUCAUUCUCAAUGGAAGCUUUAAAAAUAAUGACUUCACUAUUAGUAGCCAGUAGUUACUGAAGUGCCGAAGUAACUGGUUUUUUCUGUAUUAACUUAUGAACUAUUGUUUCUUCUCAGUCCUUUUGUAGAAAUUCUGAGUCUAUUACUUUGGAGAAAUUCUAUAGUUUAUAAGUAGCCACAAAUAUCCACAAUUAACCAAAGAGUACUUAAGUAGCUUUUUCAUUAUUUUAAGUUGAAGUUGAGUGACAAUUCAAGAAAUAAACCUUGUGUUCAGUGUUCAAGAAGCUUAAUUCUGUUUUUGAUCCUCAAUUUGCAAGUUCUUAUUCCCAUCUUCAGAAUUAACUUAGGUCUUCAGUAUGGCUUCAGAAAAAAAAAAUAAAGAGAAGAAGGCCUCUGGACAACUACAUGACUUAUGUCAUACCGAAUGGUAUUGGGCAAAAGGUAAUACUUUAAAUUUAUGAUCCCAAGAAUAGAAAAGCAUUUUUGGAAACCUCGUUAGUCCAGUAAUAAAGAUAAAUCAAGUGUUAUCCUGUCUAACUCUUUGUUAAAUGAAUCAAUGAAUAAUAAAUCUAGACAGAUUGCCUGA